AUGCCUUAUUCCUAUGGCAAUAGACAUCCUCGAUUUUGGGGAUGGAUGUUUGGUGCAGGUACAUUAGGUGGUGUAUUGGCUGAUAUGAUCGCAUCAGCAAUGAAUGCGAAUACCGGCAGUAGUACUCAUAGUCCUAUACUUGUUGAGCGAACAGUCAUUAAAUGGAUGCGGCAAUUAUUUGGGUUUACACAUGAGAAUAGCGGUGGCCUUAUUGUCAGUGGCACAUCAGUGGCAACAGUGCUCUGCAUGGUAGUGGCUCGACAACGACCAUUGACUAAGGUGAGACAAGAUGGACUUGUGAACAAACCACGAUUGAUUACCUAUGCAUCGACAGAGACACACAUAAGUGUUGUUAGAGCACUGGAACUAUUAGAACUUGGAUCAAAAAUGAUCUUGCGUAAUUCAACUUGCCCUCAAGGAAAUCCAAUUUUCUUCAAUCAAACUUUCGCUUUGAAUGAUAGUCUUAGUCCAAAUCUGACUUUAAACGUUGGUGAUCAAUUAAUAUUCAAUUUGGCCACAAAUGUUUCAAUUCAUCCGUUAAUAAUCUGCCAAAACAGUUCCACACCUAAAUUUUGUCAAGGAGCUAAUAGCAGUAAUGAACUUAGUGCUCCAAUUACUCAGGCAGGUACUAAUACUGCUGUUACUUUCAUUAAUGCUGGUAUUUAUUAUUAUGGGUGCAAAAAUCAUCCUGGAAUGGGCGCUAUAAUUAAUAUUAUCCAAACAACUACUUCUACAUCAUCACCUGUGGGUACUGGUACUAGAAAUAAAUUAUCUGGAUGCUUCUUGCUCAUCACUAUCAUAACUUUAAUCACAACUAUUUUUAUCUAA